UAAAGAAUCGAUAUUUUUGAGUACCCUUUUAGUGUUGCGCAACGGUGGAGGUCAUUGUACUCGCUUUAUUAGUUCAUUUUUCGCUGGCAUUAUUUUACAGCAGCUGUAAAUUUCAAACGUCUGCUAUUUUGAUAUUCUCAUGACACAGCUCCCGAAUUGUUUACAAUUCGCGCAAGACCUUCUCCAGGCGUCAUUCGAAAGGACCGAAAACUCACAUAUUUCUGCCCGUUCAUUGGUGCUCACCUAUCUUUCGCUGUCUCGCUCGCUCGCGCACACGUGCUCGACGUUUGCAACAGUAACCCUGUCCGAUUUCCCUCCCCUUCGACUUGCCACGCCCAGCUAAGAUGGCCCCUAAGAAGCAUAGUGGAUUCAUGAUGUUUGUGAACGAGUGGCGGAACCGUAACGCCGAGGGCCGCCGUAUGACGCUAGCGCAGGCUGUUGCGCACUGCGGCAGUAUUUGGGAGAAAAUGACGGUCCAGCAGCGGGGCCCUUACAACUCGGGCGCGAAGGACGCCGACGUCAUGGAACGCGGAAAGAGAGAGCGCCUCAACUGCCACGGUCAGGGAGUGUCCCAGGUGGACCAAGCCCAACGCGAGGCAGCUGAGAGUCUGAUGAACAUGAAGCGCAGCACCGAACGCAUCGUAAUAGACGCGAAGAAGUCCCAUGAUUUGGAGAACACCAAGUUCGUCUUUGCCGCCUUUAACUUUUUCACCAAGGCCCUGACCACCGACGUCUAUGUGCCCGCUGAGUUUGCGGCCUGCGAGUACUCACUCAAGGAGGGAAUCAAGUCCAUCUAUAGCACUCUGAUCGACCCCGGCCAUAUCAUUUUUGGGCAAGGCAGCGAUGCCUUGCACCACUCGUCGACCACUCACAACCUGCCGCUGCCGCCCAAUGCGCUUGGGGAGAAUAAUAUGGGCAAGUUGUACCGAAACAUUGUGGACUAUUUAACCAAGUGUCAGGGAGACCAGCUCGUCGUCUUCACCCCCGCGGAAAAUAUUUCCAUGGUCAAGUCGUGCUUUCAGUACUUGGCUUGUGAGGAUGAGAAUGACUGCAGAGACGGGGGCCAGAAGAUUCAGGUGUUCGACAUCCAGUACUUGCUAUUCAUAUUGAAGAAGGAGGUCUUGGAUAUCGCCGGAUUGCCUGACGAAAAUAUCAACAAAUACGUGACCGACGCCUUUUUUGGGAGGGACUUCUUUGAGUUUACGCCCGAGAUCGGAUGUCAGUAUCACGAGGAGAACGACCGCACCAAGUACUGUACUCAGAGUAUGGUGACUAGAUGGGCCUACACCUUCAGCGAUUUUAUGUGUGGCGAUUUGGCCAUCACUGUCAAACCCGGAAAGCACAUACCCCCUAAAACGAAACCAAACUACCGGAUCAUUCAGUCGGACACAUCCUCACUUGCGCAAGAGUCCUCUUUCGACUCUUUUUACUCGCUUCCAGGGUCGCGGGUUAAGAAUGAGACCCAGUCCCGUGAUACAUCGCCCACUGGCAGCAAAUAUUCCGUAGCAUCUAGCUCCUACGCUCCCGCUGACCACACCGCCUUUACCGCCGAUUUAAACGAAGUUCGUGAAUUUCCCAGUCUUGGCCGGCGCCAUCCCAGUGGACGCUGCACCGCGGCAGCCGGUGCAUCUGCUGAGAGCGAGAGAACCACAAGGGCUUGGAAUUUACCAAAGCACUCGCGCCCUCUUCAAAAGUUCACCGACAACGACUUCAGUGUUACCGGCGCUGGAAAAAAAAAUCAAAAAUAGGGUAUUGAAUCUAAUAACUUUAUGAAAUUGUUACUUGGUUUAAGUAUAAGCAGAUUUAAAGAAUUCUCUUAAUUUACGUACUUCAUAUGUUUAUAAAUAGUUUAAAAUUUAAUUUUUGAGGUAUUGAAAUAAAAUUAGCCCAAACUUUCCGCUUGUUUAAA